AUGAAAAUCAACAAAUCACUUUUCGCUUUAUUUGCGUUGACUUCAAUAACUUCAACUAUCGCUGUUCCGAUUAAUCAAGAUUUUAAAGUGUCUCUUGCUAACAAUAAUGACGAAGUCAAACGCUUUACAGAUCCAAUUUCACAACUUUCAAAAGUUACGAGCAGUCCUC